AUGGAAAAUCCUCCGCAUAAAAAACUUCGAAAGGAUCCCGAUAGCAGUGGUAACGAUGAGGACGAUGAUAAAUUCGAACCCUACGUGCCGGUGAAACAGAGGAGAAAACAACAGCUCCUCAAACUUGGUCGUAUCGUUCAGCUAACAGCCGAAGCAUCGAAUGUAGGCAAAUCAUCCAGUGAAAAUGAGCACGACGAGGAAGGAGCUGAGGAGUCAUGGGGCCGAAAGUUUAACAUCAGCUUGUUGGAUCAGCACACGGAACUGAAGAAAAUCGCGGAGGCAAAGAAAAUCAGCGCCGUCGAGAAGCAACUCAAGGAAGAAGAGAAAAUCCUUGAGAGCGUAGCGGAAAAAAAGGCUCUCAUGGGUGUGGCAGAGUUGGCCAAAGGCAUCCAGUACGAAGAUCCUAUAAAAACCAGCUGGACGCCACCGCGGUACAUUCUGGCAAAACCGCAAUCACGACACGAAAAAAUUCGCGAGGACCUGCGCAUUCUGACCGAUGGUGAAAAUGUCCCGCCACCGUUGUGUACGUUCCGGGAAAUGAAGCUUCCCAAGGUGAUUCUGGCGGCGAUGGCAAAACGAAACAUCAAAAAACCUUCUCCUAUCCAGGUGCAAGGCAUUCCGGCAGUGCUAGCCGGGCGCGAUCUGAUUGGUAUAGCGUUCACCGGAUCCGGCAAGACGUUGGUAUUUGUGUUGCCAAUCAUUAUGUUUUGUCUAGAGCAAGAGUUGAGACUUCCGUUCAUUAGCCGCGAAGGACCGUAUGGGCUGAUUAUUUGUCCCUCGAGAGAAUUGGCGAAACAGACUCACGACAUCAUACAAUACUACGCUCGGCAUUUGCAGGAAGCGGAGAUGCCAGAAAUCCGUACGGUUUUGGCAAUCGGAGGUGUUCCAGUGACCGACGCUAUAGCAAUCAUUCAGCAAGGAGUACACAUUAUGGUAGCAACACCGGGACGGUUGAUGGAUAUGUUGGAUAAGAAACUGGUCAACCUGGAUGUGUGCCGUUAUCUGUGCAUGGACGAGGCUGAUCGCAUGAUCGAUAUGGGCUUCGAGGAAGACGUGCGCACGAUAUUUUCCUACUUCAAAGGCCAGCGCCAGACGCUUCUUUUCUCGGCCACAAUGCCUAAAAAGAUACAAAACUUUGCCAAGUCUGCUCUGGUGAAACCGGUAACCAUCAACGUAGGCCGCGCCGGUGCCGCUUCGAUGAAUGUUACCCAAGACGUAGAGUACGUGAAACAAGAAGCGAAGGUAGUAUAUUUGCUGGAGUGUCUGCAGAAAACAUCGCCCCCAGUGCUCAUUUUUGCUGAGAAAAAGCAAGACGUUGAUGCGAUCCAUGAGUAUCUGCUGUUGAAGGGGGUUGAAGCAGUGGCAAUUCACGGCGGGAAAGAUCAAGAGGAACGGUAUCGUUCCGUGGAAGCUUUCCGGAACCAGGAGAAGGAUGUUUUGGUGGCCACCGAUGUUGCAUCGAAGGGAUUGGAUUUUCCCGACGUCCAACAUGUGAUCAACUAUGAUAUGCCCGACGACAUAGAAAAUUAUGUGCAUCGAAUCGGUCGUACCGGCCGGUCCGGAGCGAAAGGCUUAGCGACAACAUUCAUCAACAAAGCAACCGAGCAGUACGUGUUGCUCGAUUUGAAACAUUUGCUAAUUGAAGCCAAGCAAAAAGUGCCUCCCUUCCUCGGAGAACUUUGUUCGGAGACAGAGAAAUAUGCCGACCUUGGCGAUGGGUGUAGUUAUUGUGGUGGUUUGGGUCAUCGCAUCACGGAGUGUCCCAAGCUGGAAGCGAUACAGAGCAAGCAAGCGUCUAACAUUGGGCGCAGGGACUAUUUGUCCAACACGGCUGCCGAUUACUAAGGGCUGCCGUUGUAUGUAAAUAAAUUUGACG